GGUGCCCGCCCGCUCUCUGCGCGCCGUCCGUCCGUCCCUCCGCCCGCUGCGAGCCGCGACGCCUCGCACUUCUGAGUCGAGUCCGCGCCGCGCUCGUCGCCGCCGCCGGGAUCCGCCGCCCGCGCCAUGGAGCCGGCCGCGGGCAGCGAGCGCCGCAGCUCCCCGGGACCCGCCGUCCCGGCGCCGCCCCGGGGCCACGCGCCCUCGGCGGCCGCCGCCCCCAGCCCGGGCCCGCUGAGCUCCUCGGCGCGCGAGCAGCCGCAGCCCGCGGAGGAGCGGCAGCUGCGGAUCAGCGAGAGCGGCCAGUUCGGCGACGGGCUGGAGGAUCGAGGCUUACUAGAAAGCAGCACUCGACUAAAACCUCAUGAAGCCCAGAACUACAGGAAGAAGGCAUUGUGGGUCUCCUGGUUCUCCAUUAUUGUCACCCUGGCCCUGGCUGUGGCUGCCUUUACUGUCUCCGUUAUGCGGUACAGCGCCUCUGCUUUUGGGUUUGCAUUUGAUGCCAUCCUCGAUGUCCUGUCAUCAGCAAUUGUCCUUUGGCGUUACAGCAACGCGGCUGCCGUACACUCUGCCCAUAGGGAAUACAUAGCCUGUGUCAUCUUGGGGGUGAUAUUCCUUCUGUCAUCCAUAUGUAUAGUGGUCAAAGCCAUCCAUGACCUCUCAACUAGGCUGCUCCCAGAAGUGGAUGAUUUCCUGUUCAGUGUCUCCAUUUUAAGUGGGAUCCUUUGCACCAUUCUGGCGGUGUUGAAGUUCAUGCUGGGGAAGGUCCUGACCAGCAGAGCACUCAUAACAGAUGGGUUUAACUCCCUUGUGGGUGGCGUGAUGGGCUUCUCCAUUCUCCUGAGUGCGGAGGUGUUCAAGCACAACGCCGCGGUCUGGUAUCUGGACGGCAGCAUAGGUGUGCUCAUCGGCCUCACCAUAUUUGCCUACGGGGUCAAACUCCUCAUCGACAUGGUGCCCAGGGUGAGGCAGACGCGCCACUACGAGAUGUUUGAGUGACGGCGGCCAGUGGGGACAAGCUGCAGUUCUGCAUGUGCAUGAAGACUGUCAGGACGAGGAGCGGUUCCCACCCAGGCAGGCGGUGCCAAUGGCUAACUGACAUCCAGUUUCUUCUGUAGAAAGUUUGUGUGCACGGGAACGAGGGCUGCCCGGCAGGUCUAUCUACACGGCUCCACUGCCUGUCAAAACACAUUAGAACAAUGCGCACAGGAGGGGAGACGGGUGCCCGAGGGGGGACUGACCUUUUCCAUUUCCUGGAGUAAAAGGUUCUUGUGGGUAGGAUAAGCUCUCUGCUUGGCAGAAAGCUCCUCUGUGGUGCUCAAGCCUGAAAUGGAUAGCAACUGACCAGACCCACCUCCUCUGGCAGCCACGUGGCCCCAGCUGCCUCCUCAUUCCAGAGUCUCUCAUCUCCUGGCAGAUUUUAAGGGAAGACCAUACCCUUUUGUCCCUCAUCCCCUUUAUAUACCCAGAACCAUAAGUAUAUAUCAUCUUCCUAAUUUCUAUCAAUGUAUUUCAUUAGUUUCAUACUGUUUUACUAAUCCUAAAUCUAAACAGAUUUGUUCCAAAGGAGACCAUUCUAUUUUUAAAGUACUUAGUGAUAUAUGUAUGAGCUUUGCAUGGACGAACUAAGCACAUGACCCAUUCUUGUACAUUCAGAACCUGAACAUACAUGUAAAAAACAGGAUUCAUUUUUGAGAGAUGUGGAACUACAGUUUAUUUGUAAUAAAUAAUUAUAUAACCUACCCAUAUAUGCAUAUAUCUAUAUGCUGUGUUAAGUGGUAAUGGUACAUUACAGUGUAUUAGAGAUGGCUUACCCCUAAGGGAACGAGAUGUUCUCAGUUUAUGUAACAUUAGGUGUAGAUUCCAUAAAAAUGUUCCAACACCCACCUUUCUGUACCUCGGGCACUGCUGUUUGUCCGGGCAACAGUGACCAAUAAAGACCUUUAGCUGUUUUGUAUGGUACAA